AUGGACGGUCAACCAGAAAAUAAACAAGAUAAUACAAAUUCUCAAAACAUGAAUAACAAUCCUUUUGAAAAUAACUAUUAUCAAAACCCUCCACCUACUUACCAACAUUUUCCUCAUCAGCAACCAUAUUACCAACAAGAUUAUAGGUAUCUACCACCAAACCAACAAUAUGUUGCCUAUGCCCCUCAAUCUUCACCACCAGGUUAUAUUCUAGUUAAUGAAAAAGAAAUUCAAGAGUGUGAAAAGAGUACUGAUGCAACCUUUUCAUUGUGUAUCUUUAUCUUUGGUUUCUUUUUCCCAAUUGUGUGGAUAGGUGGUUUUAUUUAUCUCAAAUCACCAAGUAGAACUGCUAAAAUAUUAUCUAUAGCAUCAAUUACUUUGUUUUUCUUGACAACAAUUAUACUAUUGAUUGUAUUAUUAGUAUCAAUACAUUAA